AGUAUUCCAAAAUCGUUAUAUAUUUACCAUAUUUUAUCGUAGCAGCAUGUUUUGGUACAGGCGAUAAACUGUAUGUUACACUGAAUCAUGUCUUCAAGUUGCAAUACUUCUAUGGAAUGUGUCAUUGCCCCGAUCGUCAAGUUAAAUAAGCUUGUCACUAUACAAGUAUCUGAAGAUGACAAUGCAAAAGAUUAUGAAAACCAGUUGAACGAAAUGAAAGAAAUAUUAAACAGUCACGAAUUACAAAUUGAUGAAUUUGAAAACAGAAUCAAAUGCUGUCAACAUCCGAUGAAUAUGGAUUACUGCAAGACAUCUGUGUUUGUAACUGGUUGUCUAACUAUGCUGUCAAAUGUAAAGACUCACCUUAUGGCUGUAAAAGAUGAUCCUACACCAGUAUUAUCUGUUAGCCAGGAGCAGGAGAUUGUAUUGCUCGUACAUUUCAUUGUUAAUACGGGUCUGGUUCGACAUUUUGAUUUCCAAGUCACAGUUUCAACUCCAUGCGCAGAAGAACGACCACAAUGCAGAUAUGAGGAUUUAAAUUUUUGCACACGCCAAAUAAUAUCUCUUUGCGAAAAUGAUCUGUUAAGAAGACUCAUUCUGCCAAAAUUUCUUCUUCAAUUGAUUGGAGCACUUCUAAUGCUCUCAUAUUCCCCUGAGUGUAGAAUGCAGAUUGAAAAAGACCAAAGAAUGUUCUUUCUCUCCAAACUUACAGUUCUGAUAACAAAAUGGAGCAAACUGCAUGAUGUUGCAUACAACUUACUUGUACUACAAGGGUCUAGAAAGAGAUCUUCCCCUCCAUGGCUGCAGAAACAUUGUGGGAAUAUUUUAUCCAAGUGCUUGCUGAGGAAAAAUGGAGUUUCAGAUGUUGUGUCUGCAAUGAUUGCUUCGCUCGAUUCUGAUCUGAGUGAUUUUCAAAAGUGUGAAAUUGUUUCCCAAGUUCUCUCCACGCCGCCUCGCAUAAUUUCAAAUGUUGAAUCUUAUUGUUCAAAUAUAUUUGGGCAGAUUAUUCAACUUUUGCAGGCUUAUAUUGAUACUGUAACCAGAGAUCUGGACAAUGAACAUUUGAUGAAAGCAUUGGUUUGCACUUUGUUCUCGUUUUAUAAGAAGUUUCCGACAGAAACUUUGAAAUUCUUUUUCCUUCCAAUUCUGAACCCUCUGCAUCAAAUCAUGCACGAAAACACAGAAGUUCUACCAACUGCAGAUUCUGUUCCAGUACUUGAUGUAUCUGACUCGAUAAGCAUCAGCCACAUUUUUCUCACUUAUUUCGAGCAUCCGGAUAAGGAAGCUUUGGUUUCAGAUGUCUUUAUUCCUUAUGUACCAAUCUAUUUCCAUAUUUUCACCUGGGCAAGGGAAAAGUGGUCGCCGUUAGCAACGCAACUAACUGAAAUUCUUGCGCAAUGUUUAACGAAGUCUACGAACACAGAAACAUCAGCUGAAACAUUGCUUGUUUCAUGUGCUGUGCUAAAGGUUGAACAAAUGCGGGAACCAGUAACUUUCAAAUUCCCAAAACAUGGGGUCCAGUAUGACAUAAAUGAGAUAGGGAAAUGCACAUUUAGUGACAUUGAAUCUGAUCUGAGAUCCCCGGAAGACAUUCUUCACCAUCAAGACCAGGUUGUUGCAGCUUUCACUGAGUUAUUAAAGCAUUGUGGUGGAAUUGCUUCAGAUGUCUUCAUUCUGCUUAUAAAACAACUGAGCAGUAUGGACUACCCCACCUCACAAAGUGCAACACUCCUUAUGCCAGAAGAAAGAAUCUCCCAUCAUCUUAGUGAAGGGCAAGGUCACCUCAUCACAUUUGCCCUUGUGACAUCACUAUGUGAGAACACAGACCCCAUUGAGUUGCUAUGUGAUGUCACAAAGAUCUGUCAUUUUGUCAAAAUAAUGCUUGAGAAGUCAUUAGAUGAGAAUAAAGAAACCAUGGCGUCAAACAAAGAGAACGUUAACUUUUGUAUUGCUGUGUUGGGUUUAUGUUUAUUGACUGAUCUUAAUACAGAACAAAGAGAAACACUGACGCAAAUACUUCCAGUGCUGCAGAGUAUAAAAGAUUCAAACAAUCUUCCCGACUCCGACAAAGAAACAAUUGAAGAUUAAAAAUGCAAAGUAUCAACAAGGACAAGUGAAGAGAAAUUGAUAAAUUCAAUCAAUGAAGCGUUUAAGUCAACUCUGGAUCCUUCCCCACCUAUAAGGACAGCUGGGAUUCGAUUCCUUAUAAAAAAUAUCCAACACCCGUUACUAAGAAGUCCAGAUCAAGUGGAGAAGAUGUACGAGAUCUUCCUGCAGCUCCUGGAGGACAAAGAAUCGUUCGUUUACCUCUCAGCUGUGCAAGGACUUGCUCAACUUGUCUCCUUGUCAUCAUUUAAACUUGGAAAGGAAAAAUCUAGCUCGUUGCUGGAAAAAGUGAUGACAAAGUUUGACUCCCUGAUUCAAAGUAACGAAGAUGAGGAAAACCUCGUUAAACUUGGAGAGGUGAUCGUGAGGAUAUCUUCACAACUUGGUGAUAUGGCGCCACAUGUGGCCAAAACAUUAAUACCCCUACUUCUACGUACAACGCGCGACACCCGAGCCACCGUGCGAUCAAGUUGUCUCUCAAACCUCGCUGAACUUUGUCCAUUGUUACGUCACAGUUUAUCGUCUUUUCAAUACGAGCUCGCGGAUUGUUUAUGUUCAAUUGCUAAAACUGACCCGGACACUUUGGUCAGAUCUGCGGCCGUCUACGUCAUGCGUCGAAUGUUUGAAGCUUUUAGGACGGAACUUUUACAGAUGUUCCCUGAUACAAUUUUACAAUAUUACACCACGUUGAAACAUAUCCGAGAGAAUGACGUCAGUGAGGUGACGUCACAUCACGCUCAGUUGACCCUACACUCUAUUGACGAAGCAAUGCGAGACGUGGUAGCUUUAAAGAAACCUGAGCAGUUUAAUAAGAAGAUUUCGAUUAUCACAAAGCGGUGAUUGUGAUAUUUGACGAAUUGGUUCCUUGGGUGAGCUUCGAACCCACAAUGAACCCGGAAAAAAUCUCAUUAAAAUGCACUGAACGCUGGGACUCACAUUUUACAAGGAGUAAAAUUUGUAAGGUUUAAUAAUUUUGCGCGAACAAAAAAUCUUGCUCUUGUUUAUUUAAAAAAAGACUAUUACUUUUGUAGUUGUAAAAAUGCUUUGAAAUAUUUCAUUACUUGCUUUGUAUGUCGAUCCAAUAAACGAUUGAAAAAUGCAUUAUAA